AAAAAUUUUUUAAAAAAAAUUUCUGCUUUUGUUUUUUGGAUUUUGUUGUUUGAUUGUGAUGAAAAAUUGAUUGAUAAGAUGAAGAAGGCAAGGCAAGGCAGUUGCUGGGUUAUUGCAGGUGUUGGGUACGAUUUUUCAAUUUCGAAUGCUAGGUUUUUGCAGGUGCUGGGUUCGAAAUCGAACCCAGCACACGGUGGGUUUGAGGCCCUUGGUUUCGUUUCGAACCCAGCAGCCGUUGGGUCAAAUAUCUAUUGAGUUUAAUCUGUUGAUUUGUUGUGUUAUCUUCGAAUUUAAUAUUAGGAGUUAGGGUUUGCAGAAGGUUAAAGGAAAGGGAGAGGAAGAAGAAAGGGGAAAAGGAAAAACAAACAAAGAAAAAAAAAGGAAUAACAAAUUUUUUAAGAUUUU